GAUAAAAUGACAGACAAAUAAAGUGAAACUCAGCAGAGCUCAGCAGCGUUAUAUCCACUUCACCGGGUCCAGUUUUACUCUGAUAUCUUCACUGGUCUCGUGAAAAUACGCGCAAGAAAGUGUUUCAUGGGUUUGCAUCUGAAAAUUUAAAGAGCGUUAGGUUUGUGGAUCAACAAUCACACACAGAAUGGUGCGUGUGGGUGUCAUAGUGUUAUUAUGUGUGUGUCUGAAUGCGUGUGGCGCUCUGAUUUGUCCUGAUGGAGGGAUGUGUGAAGAUGGAAACACCUGCUGUCAAACACCAUCAGGAGGAUACGGCUGCUGCCCGCUACCCAACGCAGAGUGCUGCUCCGAUCACUUGCACUGCUGUUAUCAGGGCACUCUGUGCGACUUGGUACACUCCAAGUGUGUGAACAAGACACACAUUUUAGACUGGGUGGAAAAAGUCGCCACAAAGCAGCAAGCAGUAAUUUGUCCAGAUCAGGAGUCUGAGUGUCCCGAUGACACCACCUGCUGCCAGAUGCCUGAUGGGAGCUGGGGCUGCUGUCCUAUGAAAGAUGCUGUGUGCUGUGAAGAUAAGCGACACUGCUGUCCUCAGGGAACUAAAUGUGAUCUUGAGCAUUCAAGGUGUGUGUCGGCAACAUACGGACCCUCCCCACUCUGGAGGAAGUUUGCUGCCCGUCGCAGGAAACCAUCAGAGAGGAAAGCAGUUGCUCCACCUAAAGACUCCAGUCAUAUUAGAGAUGUGAUCUGUCCAGAUGAGAUUUCUACAUGUCCGGAUGAUACAACGUGCUGUGAACUGGAUACCGGAAGUUACGGAUGCUGCCCAAUGCCAAAGGCUGUGUGUUGUUCUGAUCAUGUGCACUGCUGCCCAGAGGCCACGACUUGUGACCUUGUCCAUAGUAUGUGUGUGUCAGCCAGUGGUGUCAUGGUAAAAAUGGCCACUAAGAUCCCAGCCACUUCCCUGAAGCCUAAAGAAAAAGUAGUUCCCUGUAAUGAGACGGUAGCGUGUGCUAGCGGUACCACCUGCUGUAAAACACAAGAAGGCACCUGGGCUUGCUGCCCUUUACCAAAGGCGGUGUGUUGUGAGGACCAUAUCCACUGCUGUCCAGAGGACACGGUGUGUGACCUCGCAGCGAGCACCUGUGAUGACCCUGCUGACCUUUCAGUGUCUGUACCCUGGAUGGCAAAGGUGCCCACCUUUCCAAUAGCUUCAUCCAAUCAGAAAUGUGAUGAGACAUCUUCGUGUCCUGAUGGUUCCACCUGCUGCAGACUCUCAUCUGGAAAAUGGGGCUGCUGCCCUCUGCCACAAGCGGUGUGUUGUAAGGAUGGAGAUCACUGCUGUCCUAACGGCUACACAUGCAAUGAGAAGAAAACGUCCUGCUCUAAAGCCUACCAUGAGAUCCCCUGGUUCACAAAACAAGAGGCCAGGGUCCUGAAGGGGUCCGAGGUACUGUUUGGAGAUGAAGAUGUGAAGUGCGACUCGACGACUAGCUGUGCAUCUGGUUCUACCUGUUGUAAAUUACCCACAGGGCAGUGGGGCUGUUGCCCUCUUGUCCAGGCGGUGUGUUGUGAGGAUCACGAGCACUGCUGUCCACAGGGCUACACCUGCGACCUCGAGUUUGGAACCUGUGUAAAAGCGUCCAGUUUGCACAGUGUUCUUCUGACACGAUUACAGACACACACUGACACACGUUCAGAAGAGGAGGUGCUGUGUGACGCGUCCACACGCUGCUCAAAGACACAGAGCUGCUGUAGACUAUCAGACUCCUCAUGGGCCUGCUGUCCAUAUAAAGAGGCAGUCUGCUGUGAAGACAUGAAGCACUGUUGCCCUGUGGGAUACAAAUGUGACCCAGAAGUCCAAGGCUGCACUAAAGCCUCCACAUCCAUGUGGUGGGAAAAUGCUCUUUAAAUGAAGAACCACAGACUGACACUGAACCACAUGCCCAUAACACAAAUAUACAUACACACACACUCGAGCGCUCCGACUCGCUACAUGUUGCAUAAAGCGUUGUUUUUAAGAUGCCCUCUUCAGACAAGGGACUAUACAUCUAGCUUUUUUUUUAAUGUCUAGUAUUUUUCUGGAAUAAAAAUGUGCUGAACCUUAUAUUUAGGCAGGAUACACUGAGAGACUUUAGAACUGAUGAUUGUGUGAUUUUUAGCAGAAAUGUAAUUUGCCCAAAACAUCAAAGUGAUAAUUAGAGGCUAAAUGACACAUUAUAAUAUCAUAAAUGUUAUUAGGAUGUGGAUUUGAUGUUUUGAAUUACAUUACCAUGAUUAUAAUGACAUGCACAAACCGUAAGUGAGAAAAGCUACUGAGAUUCAAAACUGAAUGUAUCACCAGUGGACUAAACCUACCACUGAACCACAAAAGAAACUUGUGAACUUUUAUUUCAUUUUGUUUUUUCAUAUUCUAAACCUGAUUGGGAAAAUGAAUUAAUGGGUGACGUCAACCUUUUAACCCUAUAAUUUACUUAGAGGCUGUUGCAUGUAGGGUUAAUUCAACUUUGUUUGCUUUUUCCAUUGCUUUUUU